AUGGGCCUGCACUUGCGCAGGGUCGCGUCCCCACACCCACUGCAAAACAUCACAGGUGAGAGGUGGACUUCGCACCCCAACCCUUCCACAGAGCAUUCACGAGCGGAGCCAGCACUGCGGCCCGUGGUUCGUCCUCCCAGUGCCGGUGGCACGGCCCGGUCAGUGUCGGCAUCGGUGCGAGGACGGCACAUGGCGGCUGAGGGAAAGCCCCGUGUCCUCCCAGCAGAGGCCGCGCCGCAAAACUCAAAUCCCGGGACUUCCUGCCACGUUUACCUGCACAGACAAGUGGGCCUCGCGGACGGACAGUCGGACUGGGUCGCCGGGCAGCGCGGCCGGAGUGACCGGCGUCGCACGUCCCCUGGCCACACGCGCUUCCCAGCAUGCCCCGCGCACGGGCCUCACUCACCGCCAGACCGGCGUCGCACGUCCCCUGGCCACCAUGCGCUUCCCAGCAUGCCCCGCGCACGGGCCUCACCUCCAGACCAGCAUCGCACGUCCCAUGGCCACAUGCGCUUCCCAGCAUGCCCCGCGCACGGGCCUCACUCACCGCCAGACCGCACGUCCCCUGGCCACCACGCGCUUCCCAGCAUGCCCCGCGCACGGGCCUCACCGCCAGACUGGCAUAGCACGUCCCCUGCCCACCACGCGCUUCCCAGCAUGCCCCGCGCCCGGGCCUCAGCGCCAGACCGGCGUCGCACGUCCCCUGGCCACACGCGCUUCCCAGCAUGCCCCGCGCACGGGCCUCACUCACCGCCAGACCGGCGUCGCACGUCCACUGGCCACCACGCGCUUCCCAGCAUGCCCCGCGCACGGGCCUCACCGCCAGACCAGCAUCGCACGUCCCAUGGCCACAUGCGCUUCCCAGCAUGCCCCGCGCACGGGCCUCACUCACCGCCAGACCGCACGUCCCCUGGCCACCACGCGCUUCCCAGCAUGCCCCGCGCACGGGCCUCCCUGCCAGACCAGCGUCGCACGUCCCCUGGCCACCACGCGCUUCCCAGCAUGCCCCGCGCACGAGCCUCACCGCCAGACCGGCGUCGCACGUCCCCUGGCCACCACGCGCUUCCCAGCAUGCCCUGCGCACGGGCCUCACUCACCGCCAGACCAGCGUCGCACGUCCCCUGGCCACAUGCGCUUCCCAGCAUGCCCCGCGCACAGGCCUCACCGCCAGACCGGCGUCGCACGUCCCCUGGCCACCACGCGCUUCCCAGCAUGCCCCGCGCACGGGCCUCACUCACCGCCAGACCAGCGUCGCACGUCCCCUGGCCACCACGCGCUUCCCAGCAUGCCCCGCGCACGGGCCUCACCUCCAGACCAGCGUCGCACGUCCCCUGGCCACCACGCGCUUUCCAGCAUGCCCCGCGCAUGGGCCUCACUCACCGCCAGACCGGCAUCGCACGUCCCCUGGCCACAUGCGCUUCCCAGCAAGCCUCGCGCACAAGCCUCACUCACCGCCAGACCGGCGUCGCACCUCCCCUGGCCACCGCGCGCUUCCCAGCAUGCCCCGCGCAUGGGCCUCACUCACCGCCAGACUGGCGUCACACGUCCCCUGGCCACAUGCGCUUCCCAGCAUGCCCCGCGCACGGGCCUCACCGCCAGACCAGCGUCGCACGUCCCCUGGCCACCGCGCGCUUCCCAGCAAGCCUCGCGCACAAGCCUCACUGCCAGGCCGGCGUGGGCUGA